UGUAACAGAGGCACCAGAAAGGGUUUGCAGUGGCUUAGAAGACAGCGAGCAUAUUCUCACAGGGAACAGUGGGGAAUCUUCCCAGGGCAGGCAGGAUUUUAACUCAUUCAUUCAACACCAACUUUCUUAGAUGCUGAACUUUACAUGUCAGUGAGUAAGUCAGAGGGGGAACUUUUUCUCAGAGAGCUCCUCUUUUCUUGGGGAAGACAGAUCAUCCUGCCAUUACCCAGCACAGUGGUUAAGAGACUGUGAUGGCGCUGCCAUCAGACUUCAAAUCUCCUCUUCACCACCUGCUGGCCAAGUGACUCAGGGCAAGAUGUUGAACCAUUUCAAGGCUUAUUUGAGUCAUCCAUGAAAGGGAGAAAAACAAGAGCUUACUUUAUAGGACUGAUAUGAGAGUAAAAUGUAAACCUUUAGCAGGGUGCCUGCUUGGCAUACAGUAAGUGCUCAGUAAAUGCUAACAAUCCUUAUAAAUGUUGCAGUAGGGAAAAUGUGGGCUGUGAAGGAGAACAUAGGAACUCCCGCCCCUGCCGCAGUAUAGGGGAGCAAGCAUACCAGGCUGGACUCUGCUGAAUUUGCUUGGAAUCAGAAAAAACCUGGAAGAUACACCAAUUCAGGCUGAUGCAAUGGCUCCCACCUUUGUGCACAGGUGGCUGCUCUUAUACAUGGCUGUCACAGCAUGGAUCCUAUUGCAUUCUGGUUACUGGGUACAUACCCAGUUACAACCAUCUGGCAUAUAUAGAGCCUGGCACACGGGUUCCACUGCGGACAAAGGAGGGAGCUGGGUCCUGCUUCCUCCCGGUCCUACUGAUGAGGAUUUUUAGACCGUGGAGACUGCGCUGCCCUGCCUUGCACCUGCCCUCAUUUCCCGUGUUCUCACUCAAGUGGAGCUUGCCCUCCCUCGCCACUGACGAGACCAUGUGUAAAAGUGUGACCACAGGUGAAUGGAAGAAAAUCUUCUACGAGAAGAUGGAGGAGGCAAAGCCGGCUGACAGCUGGGACCUCAUCAUCGAUCCCAACCUCAAACACAAUGUGCUAGCCCCAGGCUGGAAGCAGUACCUGGAAUUGCAUGCCUCAGGCAGGUUCCACUGCUCCUGGUGCUGGCACACCUGGCAGUCGCCCCAUGUGGUCAUCCUCUUCCACAUGCACCUGGACCGCGCCCAGCGGGCGGGCUCGGUGCGCAUGCGCGUCUUCAAGCAGCUGUGCUACGAGUGCGGUGCGGCGCGGCCGGACGAGUGGAGCAUGCUGGAGGAGAACAUCGAGAGCCUGGUGGACAACCUCAUCACCAGCCUGCGCGAGCAGUGCUAUGGGGAGCGCGGCGGCCAGUACCGCAUCCACGUGGCCAGCCGCCAAGACAACCGGCGGCACCGCGGCGAGUUCUGCGAGGCCUGCCAGGAGGGCAUCGUGCACUGGAAGCCCAGCGAGAAGCUGCUGGAGGAGGAGGCGACAACCUACACCUUCUCCCGGGCUCCCAGCCCCACCAAGUCGCGGGCCGAGGCGGGUUCUGGCUGCAAUUUCUGCUCCAUCCCCUGGUGCUUGUUUUGGGCCACGGUCCUGCUGCUGAUCAUCUACCUGCAGUUCUCCUUCCACAGCUCCGUCUAAGAUUCCCUGGUUGGGACCAGGAGGAUGCUAGGGGCCCAAGGCCUGAGAGGCCAGCCAACUGGUGGGAGGGGGUGAAGAGAGACCUGGGUUGGGAGUGGGGAUAAGUUAUAGCGCCGGUGCCACCACUGACUCAGUGGGGACCCAGGACAAAUCACCCUGCUUUUCCAUCUAUAAAAGUAAGGGUUUGGGCUAGAUCAUUGGCUUUUCAAAGUGAGGCCCAGGACCCCAACGUUCUGCAUAGGUGCCUCGGGGCUUUUGGAUUUGGAAGGGGUGAGCGAGUGGGUUUCUCAUCGUGGUCAAACAGCCCAUCCCCACCUCCUACCUCCUCCUCUAGAGCAGCUCCACGUUAGAUGGAGUUUAUUUAAGAGUUUUGUAUGAAAAAGGUCCAACUGCAUUUAAAAAGUUUGAAAAUUACAGGACUAGGUGUGAUCUCAAGGGGCUUUUCCACAGCAAUGAGCUCCUCCUUGCUUUCUCAUUAACCCAGCCCUACCCCUCAUUAUUGCCCACAUCUGGAGCUGCAGCCUUACAUUAUUAGCCUCUGCCUAGUGUGUGAGUCUCAUCCAUAGCUCUGUCUCCAUGCACACAGCAGAGGUUCCUCUUGAAGGGAGAGAGGUGGAGGCACUAAGCUUCCCCUUUGUUCCUGGGUAUGCGGGGUCCCUUGCUUCUGUUUUCCACACUCCCAGUUUCCGGCUUCCUUCCACUCAGGGUGGAUUCUGGGGCCCGUUUGGUGCAGAGAUGGUGCUUGGAGCACCAUAGAGCUAGUGGCACCAUAGUGCCAUAGAGCUAGUCUUCCCACCCACUGCAUAUGAACCAUCAGAGAAUUUAGGAGAGGUUCAGAAGGUAGAAUGUUAGAAGAAAAGCACAAAAUCCCUAGGAAACAAAUAUAAUGACUCUCCAUUAUAAUGAAGAGUCUUCAGAGUUCAGGGACCAAGUCGGACUGAUUCUCAGUGGUUCUGAUGGUCAGAAUACAGGAAGAGGGGCCUGGCUUCUUGGGCUAUUUGUUGAAACCCUCGUUGAGAGGCUUUCCCAUAUGGGCCAGGCAUGGGCCGUCUCACCAAAGAUCAGCUGUCCACCUAGAACCACAGGGAUGGGGGGCCAUUAGUAACAGGGGGAGCAUGAAAGAUGUGAAGUGUUUUGCCCUAGAGAAGUGCAUAGAUAUGUGGGAGAAUCCUAAUCGCCUUCAAAUGGGAUGCCAUAUGGUUUAGAAAGGGAGGAGAGGAGACUUUCUGAUGGUAGGGGUACAGAGUGUGAUUUGGGGAGGGGAGGCAGAAAGCAGGAAGUGGGACGCCACCCUGUACUUUUGAGGGUCCUCAUUCACCUCACCUUUGUUAAUAACUUGACUCCUCCUCUUCCCCCACUGCUCCCCUUUCUAAUGGAAAGUCACCACCCAC